AAAUCUGUCGUUAUAAAACGCUAAUUGAAUUGAGGGGCUUAGAACUUACAGCACUUAAGCCGAGUUUUACAUGGCAUGCUUGAAUCAAUUUUUACCAUGCUUGAAGAAAAUUCGUACCAAAGCGUCGGUUUUGUUUUAACGUUUCAUGUUUCAUCAGUACGUGUUUGAGUUUUGGAGCGAAUUGUUUGCUGAAUCAGAUCGAAGAUAAACGCGUAAAACAAACACAUCAAUACUUUUUAGAGAUUAAAAAAAUAAUUAUUUACCAAUUAUUCAAAAUCUAUAAAUUAAAUAUUGAUAACUAAUAUCGCAAUUCUACAAUUUCGAUCCAGUCUCUGUGAACAAGCCUACCAACUUUGUAAGAAUGGAGGAUAAAGGCGAUCACCCGGAUGGAAAUGCGAAUAACCCGAACAGUCCCAGACACCGGACGACUACAACCCGUGUGACCUUGAAUGUACCCCCCAAAGGCGACAGCAGCGGCAGGCCCCGCACUCCUGAGUCGUUCCAAAAAGAGUUCAACUCAUUCUUCGAGAAUAACGCACACGAUUUCCAUAGCCAGCCUCCAUUCCAUUCGGCCAUGGACUUCUCCGACUUCGCUUCCAGGCACAUCAAUGCCAGAUUGGUUCCAGAUUUUCCAGAGAUGCCUGGAUUCACAGGGUACCACAGCCAGUUUCCGAGAUCCCCGCUGCAUCAGCAGUUUAUGACGUCAUCGAGCAGAGAGACCAGAAGAGGAUCCAACCAGGAGGACCGGUCUUCCCCUUCCAGACUUUUCUAUGAGUUCCAACAACAACAACAACAGCAACGAAGUUCCCCAAGGAGUCAAUUUACAGCUUCUUCUGGAAAUGGAAAUGUGAACCAAUCUAACUAUUCGCCGAGACAAGAGAGGGGGUCAAACUCGCCGAGGGAUGCUGGGAAACCGGCUGAAACGAAACAAAGAGAUUUCGUGCAGCAAACUGCGGGUGUAAAGCUCAGUGGCUCUGAGAACAAACCAGCUACGAAUUUGGACUCUGCAAAGUCACAGAGUGAGGAUGAGUUGAAGAAACAUGGGCCGGAACACACAUUGUUCAAAGUGGACAAUCCGCAGCUGGAAAUAUCCGAGGAGUUUCCAAAUAGAGAGAGGAUCCGAAAGCUUUCCAUGAAAAAGCAGAAGCAAGACAAAGAACAACAACAACGUAAACAAAGUGAAGAGCCUAUUAAAGAAGAGCUGCGUGAAAUACCAAACACUCCCUCUCCUCCGCCGUCAGUGACUGACAAAGCAGAAGAGUUCAACGGGGGCCAUCCAGUUCCAGACUGGCAGGCAAAUGUGCAAACAGGAGACAACUUCCAAAAAAGGCAUCUGAGAGCGGUCAGACAAGGUCACACUUUGCACGUGAUUGCGGAGAAGGUCACUGAGAAUGUUAAGACUGGCAGAAGUAAAGUCACGAGAGAAUGGCGAGUAGUGGCGCCCGAGGUAGUAGAUGCGGCUUCCAUCCUGGCCAAAUUUGACGAUGUCGAGAAACGACUGGUCAUCACUGGCAUGUUUGACGAAAUGCGCGCUGUGCAGAUCACGUGAUCACAAACUGAAUCGGAAACAACUUCAAUGUCAAACGAUAGUACUGAAGACUCCUUUUUGAGGCAUGAUGUCAAAUCUAACAAAAUGAAAAGAAACCAAAAAAAUAAGUUCAGAUAAUAACUAAUCAUUGUUUGAAUUUCACUC